UGACAGGCGCGGCAAAUGCUAUCAGCAUUCCCGUUAGCACGAUAAACGUAGCAGCAAGACUGUAUUUAUGUGUAUAAUCACAUAUAAGUUUACUUUUGGUUAGCUGACAGUGCCACCAAAUGUCUCGUUUUAAAAGGGGCGGAAAAAUUGAUUCUCGAGCUGGGUUUAGGACGGAAACACAAGUGUCUCCUGUCCCUAACGGGCUCCUAAAAGCAGCCAGAAAAAGUGGUCAGCUCAAUCUAUCUGGACGGGGUUUGACAGAAGUUCCACUCAGUGUCUGGAGGCUUAAUGUAGACACACCAGAGGAGGCCAAUCAGAAUGUAUCUUUCGGGGCAGACGACCGGUGGUGGGAGCAAACCGAUCUUACCAAGCUUAUCCUCUCAUCAAACAAGCUCGAUGUACUGUCAGAAGAUGUUAAACUGCUGCCAGCUCUUGUUGUUUUAGAUGUCCAUGACAAUCAACUAACUUCAUUACCCAAAGAAAUAGGUGAAUUGGAACAACUUCAAAGACUUGUUUUAAGUCAUAACAAAAUAAAAGAAUUACCUGUGGAACUAUGGGGACUAACAAACCUCCAAAGUCUUCACCUGCAGCACAAUCAACUGGAACGCCUACCACAAGAAGUUGGGCAGUUGAUUAAUUUGGAUGAAAUUGAUCUCUCCAACAAUCAGUUAGCAGAGGUUCCCGAUGGUUUGGGCAACUUGACAAAGUUGGUAAAGCUCAACCUGUCUAACAACAAGUUAAAGAAUCUGUCUCCUGCUAUUAGGAACAUGAAAAAUCUGAGAAUGCUGGACUGCACAAAUAAUCAGCUGGAGAGCAUUCCCCCUGUGUUGGCACAGAUGGAGUCUCUGGAGCUGUUGUAUCUGAGGCACAACAGACUAUGCUCACUUCCAGAGCUGCCACAGUGCAAAACCCUCAAAGAGCUCCAUGUGGGGAACAACCAGAUAGCGGGAAUCCAGUCGGAGUACCUGAAACACCUGGGCGCCCUCUGUGUUCUGGAGCUGAGGGACAACAAGCUGAAGGCUCUGCCCGAGGAGGUCACUCUGCUGGAGGGGCUGGAGCGCCUCGACCUCACCAACAAUGACCUUGCCAGCUUGCCUUGCACUCUUGGCAACCUGCCCAAUCUGAAGAGCGUGUCUCUGGAAGGAAACCCUCUGCGGGGCAUCCGGCGAGAUCUCCUGACCAAAGGCACCGGGGAACUGUUAAAGUACCUUAGAAGUCGCAUCAGAGAUGAUCCAGAUGGUAGUGCGACAGAGCAGCCCAGUACAGCUAUGACCCUGCCCAGUCAGGCAAAGAUAGAUGUACACGCUAUUAAGACACUGAAGACUUUAAAUUACAGUGAAAAGCAGGAAGCGUUGAUACCUGACGACGUGUUUGAUGCUGCUGCGGAAGGCCCUGUUUCCUGUGUGAAUUUCUCCAAGAACCAGCUGUCAGCAGUUCCCCCCAGGCUUAUUGAGUUGAAGGACACAGUCUCUGAUGUCAACCUUGGCUUUAACAAACUCACCAGCAUCCCACUGGAGUUUUGCAUGCUGAAACAACUGAACCAUGUAGAUCUCAGAAACAACUUUCUCACUGCGCUGCCACCAGAACUGAAGGAUCUAGCCAAACUAAGGAGCAUCACUCUGUCCUUCAAUAGGUUCAAGGCUUUCCCAGAUGUGCUGUACAAGAUACCCACGCUGGAGACUAUUUUGAUGAGUAACAAUCAGGUCGGCGCUGUUGACCCAAUUCAGUUGAAGGUGCUGGAGAAACUGUCCACUUUGGACCUGCAGAACAAUGACAUCAUGCAGGUCCCCCCGGAGCUGGGCAACUGUACCAGCCUUAGAGCUCUGUCGCUGGAUGGAAACCCGUUCCGAAAUCCCCGCGCAGCGAUCGUGGCCAAGGGAACGGAUGCCAUCCUUGAGUACUUGCGCAGUAGAAUUCCCACUUGAUCUUAACCGUGAACCCGAACAUGGCUGGCUGGGUGGGUGGAUGUGAUGUCCUCAUACUUGUCACGGCUUGAAAAUGCAUGAUUUAUUGUUCUCUUCCUUCCAUUUGACAAUGAAUUGUUUACACUCAACACCACUACCAUUCAACAACACUACCAACGGCUCCUCUGCCAAAAAUCCAGUGUUUUACCAGCAGUUUUCACUCUUGUUGAUUGACAUGAUCAAAUUGUGGUUGAACAGUUGUGGGAUGUGUGUCUUAAUGUUGGCUUUUUUUUGGAGAAAUCAAACUGGUGCAUGUUCACAUAUUCAGCACUUCCUGGUGCACUUUUCUCCUCUGUGAUGAUAAAACAUAACUGGUGCACACUCACCAGCAUAUACUGCCAAUUUAUUUUUACCAAAUUGUUGGCUAAAUUAUUGUCUAAUAGGCUGUUCUUAAACCUGUUCAGCUGUUAUUUACUUAUCAGCCUGCACUUAUUACAUGAUUAUGAACCUUGGUCUUAAUGAAAAAUAAAAAAAACUUUUCCUAUUGUAUGGCAAAUCAAACUUUUAUCACCUUAAAAUACUUUGAUAUGAAACCGGAAACAAAUAUUGAAUGACUGAUUAACUGACUACUGGUGCAAUUUGCUUUCUGUCAGAAGUUUCUGCUGUCAAUAAAACAGGACUUUGCUAAAAGUUA